AGCAUUUUCUCCCUCAUGGAGAGCAGGGUCAGGAAAGCCAAGUGUUGUUGACCGAAAGACCGGAUUCCCUUUUAACAAGCCAACAUUGCGCUGUGAGGAAGAGAGUGAGGGACUGCUAAGCGCUGGAAUGAAGGGCAGCAACACACAGAGACACACAUGCUGCCGGCAGCACCAGCACAUCAGCCGCACACACUAAUAUAUCACGCCACUAUACAAUCUCUGGGUUUCGGUCAGUUACAACCUGUGUGCGUGCGUGUGCUGCAUGCAGGACUUGGACACCCCUACUCAGGCCAUGUGGUGCGGCCCAGGAAGUGACGUCACCCAAACAUGGCGGCGCCCUGUCCGCUGGAGCGGUAGCGAUGUACGGCGUGAUAGUACGGCCGCGGUACGCUGGAAAGCGGUGUAUGAUGGCGAAGAGUACGCAGCAGUGAAGCUACUCCUUAGAUUGGACCAACGUGUUUUGUGAUAAGUGGCCACUGUCUGUCUGUGAAUAUGAAGACUGUUUUCAUGGUAGCAGAGAAGCCUUCAUUGGCUCAGUCUAUUGCCAAAAUCCUUUCUAAAGGUUCUACUUCCUCUCGAAAGGGUUUAAAUGGUGCCUGUUCCGUACAUGAGUACACAGGAUCAUUCAUGGGACAGAGUGCUCGUUACAAGAUGACAUCCGUCUGUGGCCAUGUAAUGAGCUUGGACUUCAUAGGGAAAUAUAACAACUGGGACAAAGUGGACCCAGCAGAGUUGUUCAGCAAAGCUCCUACAGAGAAGAAAGAGGCCAACCCUAAACUCAGCAUGGUAAAGUUCUUACAGGUGGAAGGGCGUGGAUGUGACUAUGUUGUCUUGUGGCUGGACUGUGACAAGGAAGGAGAGAAUAUCUGCUUUGAGGUACUGGAUGCAGUACUGCCAGUGAUGAAUAGAACACAUGGAGAGGAUCGUACUGUAUAUCGCGCCAAGUUUAGCUCCAUCACCGAUACAGAUAUUAUGAAUGCCAUGAACAGGUUGGGGGAGCCCAACAAGAAUGAAGCCCUUUCUGUGGAUGCCAGACAGGAGCUGGACCUCAGGAUUGGCUGUGCAUUCACCAGGUUUCAGACAAAGUAUUUUCAAGGCAAAUAUGGCAACCUGGACAGUUCAUUAAUAUCAUUCGGUCCCUGCCAGACCCCCACAUUGGGAUUCUGUGUGGAGAGGCAUGAUAAGAUUCAAUCCUUCAAACCUGAAACCUACUGGGUCCUUCAAGUCAAGGUGAGUCGCAGACAGGAGCAGCCUCUUAGUCUGGAUUGGGAUCGUGUUCGGGUAUUUGACAGAGAAAUAGCUCAGAUGUUCCUAAACAUCACAAAGACAAGCAGAGAGGCCAAGGUGGAAUCUGUCAGCAAGAAGGAAAAGGCCAAGCAGAGACCCCAGGCGUUGAACACAGUGGAAAUGUUGCGUGUAGCCAGUUCAGCUUUGGGAAUGGGUCCUCAGCAUACUAUGCAGAUUGCAGAGCGACUAUACACCCAGGGUUACAUCAGCUAUCCCCGCACAGAGACCACUCACUACCCUGAGAACUUUGACCUGAAGGGGACCCUGAGGCAGCAGGCCAACAAUCCAUUCUGGGCUGAGACAGUUAAAGCUUUACUUGCUGAAGGUAUUAACCGUCCCAGGAAAGGAACAGAUGCUGGAGAUCACCCACCGAUUACCCCCAUGCGUUCAGCGACAGAGGCAGAGCUGGGUGGUGACGCAUGGCGGCUAUAUGAAUAUAUAACCCGACAUUUCAUUGCUACCAUAAGUCAUGACUGCAAAUAUCUCCAGACAAGUAUUGCUUUCAUUGUGGGCCCUGAACGAUUCACGACCACCUGCAAGGAGGUGAUAUCUCCCGGGUUCACUGAAAUUAUGCCUUGGCAAGGUAUUCCGAAGGAAGAGAGUUUUCAGCCUUGUGAGAGUGGGGACAAGUUUAGUGUGGAUGAGGUGAAGCUGCUAGAGAAACAGACGUGCCCUCCGGAUUACCUGACUGAGGCAGAACUCAUCACCCUAAUGGAAAAGCAUGGCGUUGGUACGGAUGCCAGCAUCCCCGUGCACAUCAACAAUGUCUGUCAGCGCAAUUAUGUAACAGUAGAAAGUGGGCGCAGACUGAAGCCUACCAGCUUGGGCAUUGUACUAGUGCACGGCUAUUAUAAGAUAGACCAGGAGCUGGUUCUACCAACUAUUCGCAGUGCAGUCGAGAAGCAACUCAAUUUGAUCGCUCAUGGGAAAGCAAAUUUCCAGCAAGUCUUGGAUCACACUCUGGAUAUCUUCAAAAGAAAGUUUCACUACUUUGUGGACUCCAUUGCAGGAAUGGACGAGUUAAUGGAAGUUUCCUUCUCACCCUUGGCUGCCACUGGCAAACCCCUGUCUCGCUGUGGUAAAUGUCAUCGCUUUAUGAAGUAUAUACAGGCCAAGCCCAGCCGUCUGCAUUGCUCCCACUGUGAUGAGACCUAUAGCCUGCCCCAAAAUGGGACCAUCAAGCUGUACAAAGAGUUGCGCUGUCCUCUGGACGACUUUGAACUUGUGCUGUGGUCUUCAGGGUCGAGAGGGAAAAGCUAUCCACUGUGCCCGUACUGUUACAACCACACACCUUUCAGAGACAUGAAGAAAGGAAUGGGGUGCAAUGAGUGCACUCACCCGACCUGCCAACACUCACUAAGUAUGCUUGGGAUUGCCCAGUGUGUGGAAUGCGAGAAUGGGGUGAUGGUCCUGGACUCGACCUCUGGUCCUAAAUGGAAGAUGUCUUGUAACAAGUGUAAUGUCAUUGUACACUUCUUUGAGAAUGCUCACAGGGUGCGAGUGUCUGCAGACACCUGUGAGGUGUGUGAUGCCGCCCUUGUGCAUGUAGACUUCAACAAGACCAAGAGUCCCCUGCCUGCAGAUCAGACACAACACACUGGUUGUGUGUUUUGCGACAAUGUCUUCCAGGACCUAGUAGAGCUCAAACAUGCCACUAUGAGACACCCCAUGCACAGGGGUGGACAAGGAAGAAAACGGGGGAGAGGGAGAGGCAGAGGUCGACGAGGUACCCUUAAAAAGCCAAAGGACAAAAUGGCUGCUCUGGCAGCAUACUUUGUGUAACAGAAUCUGUAGUAUGUUUAAUAAAACAGCCAUCUUAACAAGUGCUGCAAUACAGCUUUCCUGACAGCAAUGUGAAAGGACCGCUGAAACAUUAGGUAAUAAUAUAUCGUCUGCUGCUACUGACUCAUGGUAACAGGAAACCACUCUCCGAAUUCUAACUUAUCAACAGCUUAAUAAUAACUAUAAUAAUUAUAAUUUGUGCCUUCCUUGCAAAGCAGCUUUAUUAAAGUACAUAUUCUUUUUUGUA